AAUAACUAACCUUGAGAAUAAAGGUAUAACCUUGGACAUUUAUUAGUAGUUAAUGUUGUGGGGAAUACUUUUCUAAUCAGAGAAACAAAAUUAACUAUAAUAUAAUCAUAAUCAUAUAUUGUUUUUACAUUACAAAUAUUGGCUAACUGUGUUCAUUUUUUGUCAUGAGAUAAAGAUAUGAUAACUCGUGUGAUUUCAGCAUAAUCUAUCUAUCUGCCCACGUGUUGUCGAGUAAGAGAAACACAUCAGUGAAGUUUAUUUCAGUUUAUCACAUGAAUAUCUAAACAUUGAAUUGAAAUAAAACAAUCAAGUAGUCUGUAUUCAUUAGAAAAGGAUAAAUAGUGGAAUUUGGUCUACAUGUGAACUACAUCAUAUCCUCCGUGAUGAAUUUCAAAUAUCCAAGCAGAAAAUGUAUGUUUUCAGAUAACUUUUGUAUAUUCACUCAUCUUAUUUCUAAAAUUAUCAAAGAAUAGAUGAAUGCUUGACUGCUGAAUUAAUCAUCUUUUGAUUUAUAAAGACAUAUUAUUAGAAUAUAUCUAAUAGGCAAAUUUAUUUUUUAAAGUAUUGGAAACAGUAAUAAACAUAGCAAAAUACCUAAAUAUUAUUUAAUUCAAGGAACUAUUUCGAUCAGUGAACAUUUUCAUAAAAAUCAACAGGAAAUCACAUCCAUUUAGAUUAAAAUCUUGAAAUCGAGAUCUCCAUUCAGAAGUAUCCAUCUGCUGGUGGCUAGUUGUUUAAAAAAAGAAGGAUUUGUGAACAGAUCAGUAUACAAACAUUAGCAAAACAUAUAUAAUUGAAUUCUUCCUGUUGAUCAUUAGAAUAAUGUAUUUUCAAUUAAACAUUGAGUCAGUUCUAUACUCAAUUAUGGAAAAAUUCAAAAGAACACUUAAUAUAUUUAUAAUGUUUCAGUGGAAAUAUCCCAUAAAAAGAUCUUUAUAUUCAUAUCAGAAAAUUAAUCAUUCAAAAAAUGCUUCUUUAAUUAAAAAAUCAUUUAUAAUAUCAAUGUUGGUGAGUUUGAUUCUGAUGGAAAUUUCAGCAAUUGUUACUCCACCUUUCUGGAUGCCUUCGGAGAGUUGGUCUAGUUGCUCUAAAGAAUGUGGUGAUGGUGUUGAAACACGUCGAUUUUUAUGUGUUCAAAAUGAUCAUUACAAUGCUACGACACUGUUAGAUGAAUCACAAUGUGAACAUUUACCUAAUCCAAGUGCACAGAAUACAGAAAACAAUCAAAGAGCAUGUAAACUCGGUCCGUGCGGUAAAGGAUAUCGAUGGAGAGUAUCUAACUGGGGACAUUGUUCACAAACAUGUGGUGGACUUGGUAUAAUGUCUCGUGAUGUACAGUGUGUUUAUUCAGGCAAAGAUGGUGAUCUUGUGAUAUCAGAUUUCGAUGCAUUCUAUUAUUGUGGUAAUUAUCGACAACCUGAGAGACAUGCAUCGUGCAAUCGAUUUGCAUGUAAGCCUGAAUUUGUCCCCGAAAAAUGGGGUAAGUGUAUCCAAAGUGAUCCAUGUCGUCCAGGCAGACAAGUACGUCAAUUAUCGUGUAUUUCCGUACAAGUCAAUGGAUCACUUCGCGAACUGCCAAUGGCAGCUUGCUAUAUGACUGGGAAAACGAUUCAACCAACAUGGCGUCGAUGUUUUGAAGAAAGUUCAAGAAAAUGUGACAGCAAACCACCAAUGAUUAAUACUGACACUUUAACUAUUGUUCAGAUGAGAAAAGUGAAAGUGAUUGAUUUAAAAGUUGGCCAGCAAGCAUUCGUAAUACCAUUUACCCGUGUAACCGUACGAUGUCCUGUACAGUAUUUCACAGCACAAGAAUUACAAUGGGCUAACCCAAACCAUGGAAUAUUAGCCUAUACAGGAGCAAUAUCUGAUAGGAUAAGGGUGGAUAAACGCGGAAGAUUACACAUACGAAGUUUCCGUCUCAUCGACGAAGGUGACUGGACAUGCAUAGCUGGUUCAAUGAAUGCAACAGUCACGCUAACAGCUAGAACUCCGGCAGCAGGAUUCCAUGAUUGGGUGCAAAGAAAUAGAUUAUGGACCAAAGGUAUGCUUAGUGAUGAUCCUAAAGCAAUAGCUAUAAACCAUGAAAUUAUUCAAUGGGUUGUUGGACCAUGGAGUACAUGUUCUACAAGUUGUGGCCAAACUGGACAACAAUUUCGUGUAGUUAGAUGUGAAAAAGUUGAUAGUCGAUUCUAUCAAAUACUGAGUGAUCAAGUAUGCAUUGAUAAGCUAUUGCCAAAACCACCAAGUACACGAAAGUGUUUAGAAAGUAACAAAUGUCCAACAUGGUUCGUUGAAAACCGUGAUACAUCUGUUUGCACAGAUCGGUGUUUAGAUGUCGGUAAAGGUUCAAUUAGUGGAAAUUUAGUCUGUAUGAUUGGUGAGAGAACAGUCGCCACAAAAUAUUGCGAUAAAUUAGAUAAACCAAAUAUGGAAUGUGAAAACCCUAUAUGUCAACUACGAUGGAACGUUAGUAAUUGGUCUCAAUGCUCACGUUCAUGUGGUGGAGUUGGUGUUCAAGCUAGACACCUUCUGUGUACUUGGUCACAUAAUGGUGAAUUGGCAGGUUCAUUGUGUUAUUCCCAUCAACUUGCUAUUCCAGAUGUGAUACGAUCGUGCGAAGUACCUCCAUGUAAAUUAGGUUGUGUUGACAUGUCUAAACACUGUUCAAAGAGGGUAGAACUAUGCAAAUUUACAAUAUAUCGUUAUCAAUGCUGUGAAUCAUGUCAACGUUAUGUACAAAUGAUUUCAUCUGCAAAAGAUUCUUUGAAAAACUUUCAAAACGAGAAAUUCUCUGACAUAUUUUCUUAAUAAAAAAAAACAAUGCAUUUAUACAAGAACAGAAGAUAAUCAAAAAUAGCACAAUAAUAAAUGAGGUCAUUAACUUACACUCAAAACUGUUUGACCUCAGGAUUGUUUUUCUAGCGGGUAAAAUGAACAAAACAAAAUUAUUUGUAGUUUAUCUUAUUGAUUUUCCUUUUUUCUAGUUCUGAUAACUCUCUUAUUCUCUCUCUCCUCUACACAAAGACAUAUAUGCUCAUUUUGUUAUCAGCAUUUACACAUGUAUUCGAAAAAAACUACUUAAACGCACUAAAAAACAGUAACAAACAACCGGUGCCCAGCAUCACUAUACUUUAUAUUAUUUCAUAAUUACAUACCAAACUAUACCAAUGUACAAGUGUCAAUAUAUAAACGAAAUAUUUUGAUAAUAAAAGUAUAUUUACCUGAAUACCACUAAACAAAUCUUAAUUAUGAGGAACAAAAAUAUGAUAGAACAUUAAAAUAAAAUCUAUACUACUACUCCAUUUUUCAUAUGUUUGUACAAAUUGUACAUACACAGUAAUAAACAAACAACAAACUGUAUUUAUCACUUAAUUAAAAAUAAUUAACAAGCAUGUCAUCAUAUUUACAGAAAUAUGUGAACAUAAACAGAGUAAAAUUGUUUUAUUAAAAAAAAAAAACUCAAAAACAACUUUUAUUUUACAAUGAUGAAUAUAUAAUGUACAACUAUCAGUCCAUAUGAACCAUACACAUAUAUGCACACAUACAAACACAAUACAUACAACAAAUGAAAACUAUCAUAUUACGCUUUAUGGUAUGAAUAAUUACUGAAAAACUACAAAUAAUAUAAACAGUUCAAAAAUUGAAAACUUUCAGUCCUGCUCUUCUCUUAAAUCAAAUUAUGUAAGGCUAUCGAGAAAAAGAUAAUAAUUCUAUGCAUACCUUUAGCAUUUUCUCUUACCUCUUAC